UCACUUCCGUUUUCCAGAAUAUGUUAGAAUUGUCCCUAACUUCAUUCCAAUGAGAAUCUAGAAGUUUCGAAGGAAGUUAAUUUCAGUCGUUACUUCUGUGAAGCUCGUAAGGUAGUUCUGUUUGUUGACGUGAAAGCAGUUUGUAGCCUGCAGAUUGAUGUCUCGUUGAAGGUAUCAUGGCAAUUUUCAGGCUCUAAAGCAGCGUUGAAGGUGGAGACAGCAUGUUCCUUCGAGAUGCUGGUGUACACCAGAAGACAACAUGGAGUAACAACACAAAUGGACAGUCUAAACUGGCGUUGCUAUUGGAAUAUAAAUGAUACAUAAAAAGAAGUGGCUGCAGAUCUAUUUAUAAUUUGGGGUAUAUAUAUAUAUAUAUAUAUCAACUAGUAUAAAAAUGGCAAAGUGGGGAGAAGGCGAUCCUCGUUGGAUUGUAGAAGAGCGGCCUGAUGCUACAAAUGUUAACAAUUGGCACUGGACUGAAAAAAAUGCGUGUAGCUGGUCUGUGGAGAAGCUGAAGGAACUUCUGGUGAAUUUACGAAUUGAAAAUGAUAUUGCAAAGUGUAAGAUUACAGAGGUGAAGAAAUGUGAUGGAGAAGCAAUAGCAAACAACCGUAAAGGAAAAUUGAUAUUUUUCUAUGAGUGGGAUGUUGUGCUUGAGUGGACAGGCACAUUAAAAGGUGGGGAAAAUGAAGUUGAAGGCUCGAUAAAUAUCCCCAACCUUAGUGAGGAAAAUAGUAUCUCAGAAAUUGAAGUGAGCGUUAGUGUCAAGAACUCAAAUCCUGAGGCUGAUAAACUGAAGGAAUUUUUGACUAAAGAUGGAAAAAAUGUAAUUAGAGAACAGUUGAAUAAAUAUAUAGUUGCUCUUAAAGAAGAAUUUUCAAAAGGUAUGAUUCUUCCAAAGAAACAUGAGGAUGAUUCAAGUAAGAGCGAUACUGUCACUAAUUUAUCAGCAGGCUUUCAUAAACAGGUACAUGUGAACCACACUGAAAGGAAUCAGGUCAGAGGUUGUAAUAUAAGCACCACAAACCUGGAGUUUAUUGAAAAGUUCCAGUGUACUGGGGAGGAGUUCUAUAAUGCAGUGACAGUGACUGAGAUGGUGCAAGCGUUUACACAUGGUCCAGUGAAACUAGAAGCGAAGAAGGAUGGGAAGUUUGAACUCUUUGGUGGAAAUGUGUGUGGAGUCUUUGUAGAACUGAUUCCCAACAAGAAGAUUGUUCAAAGAUGGAGAUUUAAGAGGUGGCCUACUGAACAUUAUUCAAUUGUAACCUUUAACAUAGAACAAAAAGAAGACCAUACGGAGGUGACGGUUGUGCAGACAGGUGUUCCGCAAAGUGAAGCUGAUUCAACAAGAGAAAAUUGGGAUCGGUACUACUGGGAAGCAAUGAAGAGGACAUUUGGUUUUGGCUCAUUCUUCGUGUGAUGUCAGUUGAGGAGUUAUUAUCCCCAAUUUGUUUUUUUCUUCCUGAGUAAAGGAACUUAAUAUGGUAUUUAUUAUGGCCCAUGAAAACAAUUGAAAAUGUUUUUGCAACUUUCAUAUCAUGCUGUGUUAUCAGGUAGGUGGUUAAGCAUUAUGUAGCAGUGAUUGUUGCAGUGGAUGGAUUGUUUACUAACAGGCUGAUGCUCUGUGUCUGCUUUCUUAGACUCUUCAGUACAGUUUGUUACAAAAUUGUUAUACAGAGCAUUGACAGAGGUCUAUUUUGUAACAAAGUUUGUAAUUCUAUAAUUGCAUAUAAUUUUAAAUUGAUAGUUGAUCUGUUGGUAAAACUGAAAUGUAAAAAGAUUUGAUUUUCUUGAGUUUUUAUGCUAAUUAUAUUGUUACUUAAAGAAUAGCAUUUCACAGUAUGAUAAGUGACAGUAGAAAAGUUGCAUCACCUUGAGUAUGUUUGUGUAUAUAAUGCGUUUGUGCGUGUAACCAACCAAGUUAUAUUUAAAGGUUCCAGUACCCACUCAUUUAUUCAUUAGGGUGUGGGACCUACUGCCUCUCAUUUUCAUUCUUGACACAACUAGGUUGUAGUUAUAUUAGUUACUGAAUAAUAUGGAUUGCACUGAACAUAAUGAAUUUUAAACAAAAGUAAUGCCUGCCUUUUUCUUUACUGAAUGCUUCUUCAGAUACUGCUAACACACACUACUAGGGAAGUUACUGUUGACGUCAAAAUAUAAUGCCUUACGAUAAUUCUGUACUUCUAAACUUGUAACAUCAUUCUCUUGAAAUAUGGGCAGAUUUAUGUGUUGCAAAGAUAGUGUUUCAGCUCACUGAUCAUGAUUCUACAAGGUGAGGUGUGUUUGGAUGUGGAAUGUCAUGUAAUUUUUUUCCAAUUUGGAGCAUACAUUUUUUAUGUAAUAGGUAAGGGUAGAGACUCAGCUCUUACAGAAUUACGCCUGUAAGCAUGGUACAGGAAUAGACAAGUUUCCCAGAUCCUUUAUUUCUCUGCCACGUAGGUGUAAAUUUUUGUAUGGUAAUGUGGCAUACUGUCCUUAUACUCAGUAUGGUUCUGAAAGGUCUGGUUGCAGAAUAUUCAAGCACUGUUUGAAGUUACAUUUGUUUCUGAUGUGAGAAUGUUCUGUCUUGUAGUAGAUUAUGCAGUUGCUGGUAUUGGCCUCAGAUAUUGUUCCUCCAUCACCUUGUUUUUCUCAGUUUUUUUAUUGUGUUCUAUCUUUUGCUGUCAUCACACUUUUAAGUGUUCUGAGUUUUUCAUCUGCUGGUAUUGUAAAUUAUUUCAGGCCUUUAAUUGACAGUAGCUGUCGAAUGUCUUAAUUUAACACUUUUUGGCAAUUAAUGCAAUUGGUGUUCAGUGUCAAUCAUGUUAUUUCUUGGGAAUAUAAGAUACAUAAAAGUUCCAUGUGUUGGUGUGUUUGAUUUAUGAAGUUGUGCAUAUUUGGGAUGUAAAUGUUACAAAGUGAAACCAUGUCUUCAGUGAAGAUUCAGUGUAAAUAUUUAUAGUGUUGUGCUGGGUCCAGAUGUUUCAUUUCUUGCACAUUCAUUGUCAUGUUAAUGUAGGUACAAAUCUCCAGGACUGGCCAUUUUAUGUGAUUGUUCACAUAAAAGCUUUGAAAAUAGUGAUUUUCAUUGUCCUUCAGAUACAGAUACAGGAUCAUGAAUUAACUUGAAAUUAGUGAGUGAAGAAUUCAGUGAUUGGACUGCUCUGGACAUAGCACCUAGACAAGCUCUGUCUAGCAUACCCUCCAUUUCCAGUAUAAUGGUUAAUCCCAUAAUAUAAUGAUUCAAAACUGGUGAUUUAAUUAAGCUGUGACAAGUUUUGAUGACCAAAAUUUUUUGUGUAGUCAUUCUUGUGAAUUGUAUGAUAUAUAAUAUUCAGCUGUGUCCUCAGUAAUGUGAAAAUGUGAUUUUAUAACAUACUUUUAUUUUGCAUUAGUAUAUUUACAUAAUACAACUCAAUUUGAUGUUCAGUCAUUUUGAGUUAAAUUUUCAUAUCCUGUAUCCCCUGGAGAAUAAUUAAAAGGCUUGAAUGGUAAAAUUCUCAAUAUAAUUUUUCAUAUGAACCUUCGUAUAACAAAAACUUCUUGAUUAGAGAAAUAUGUGUCCUUGGCAAGGUAUAGGGCAGAAGAGUUGAUUACUACUCCUGUCAUAUCAUGCUGACCUAUAAAUGUAGAAGUUUGCUUUACAGUUUCACUGUCUAGAAAACUUACUGUGUCAGUAUUAAACUCCAUACAACCAACUGUUGUAAUUCAAAGUCCAGAAUAUUUGAUUCUUUUGAAAUACACUAUAUAGAUUUUAUA